AUGGCUUCCUUCACUCACUCUCUAGAUCAAACACAAAGAGAAGAUUUCGUGCCUUUGGUCACGAAGCUAGACAAGCCACUUGUUGUCAAUCAACCUUUCUGGUUGCUUCAGCUCUGGUUGAAUGCUACCUUUGUGCAUGAUCUAAAACUUGACAAACCUGAAGAAACAGACUCCACCUUGAAUGAUCGACCCAUUGAGGGAAUUCAUCUUGGCCAUACGAAACCUAAUGAUUCUGACCUUUUCAUGGAAGACACUCUAACAAAAUAUAUCAUGAUGAUCACCAGACAACGCGCCUUCACCCCUGAGAUAACACCUUUUGCUUACAAGCGCCAUGGACCUGAAUGGUUUACCAGGGAAUUCCCUCCUUCCAACCCAGAUCUACUUGUUAAAUCAAGGGAAAUCUGGGAAUCUUUCCUCACCCCCAAGCUUAUAGUCACCAGACUUGGCCCAAAGGAGGGUGUGAAGCUUCUUUGCCACCUACCAAACUUGGUGGCGCGCCAGUUUGGUUUAUGUCAACCAGUGCCUCGUUGCUUUUACACUCAAAAGCGCGACCUUUGUCUUUGGUUGAUUUUGACUCUGAUACUUGAAGCAGUUGAGCAUAAAAAGCUCCCCGGAGAAUCUUCCAGAGGGGCUGGCACUUUUUCUACAGCCGAUGAAGGACCUUCACACCAGAUUUAUUUUGUUCUUUAUCUGAUGUGCAGUCUGGCUUGCAUAUUCCUCACUCUUCUCUUGCAUUGUCCAAGCGCAAGUAGAAGUAGUUUCUGA